CCGCCCACUUCAGAACCCGGAUGAGGAGUAUCGCCAUUACCGUCGAAGCCGCUGUAGGACCCUGUGGAGGCUAGAAAGCCCGCUGGCCGCACCAUGAGAUUCCUCUCCCGGUUGAUCUUGAUAGUGCUCCUUGUCUUCCCCACCGCGCUACUGCUCGGGGGCGGCUCCGGAGGGUCAAUAGCUGUGGCCCAAGAUGCUACAGAGGAUGAAGAAGCACUGGAAGAUACAAUAGUUGAAGAUGAAGAUGAUGAAGCAGAAAUAGAAGAAGAUGAACCCACAGAUUUGGCAGAAGAAAAAGAAGAAGAUCUCUCUGGUGAACCUGAAGCCUCACCAAGUGCAGACACAACUAUCUUAUUUGUAAAAGGAGAAGAUUUUCCAGCAAAUAAUAUUGUGAAGUUCCUGGUAGGCUUUACAAACAAGGGUACAGAAGACUUUAUUGUUGAAUCCCUAGAUGCCUCAUUCCGCUAUCCUCAGGAUUACCAGUUUUAUAUCCAGAAUUUCACAGCUCUUCCUCUGAACACUGUAGUGCCACCCCAGAGGCAGGCAACAUUUGAGUACUCUUUCAUCCCUGCAGAGCCCAUGGGUGGGCGUCCAUUUGGUCUAGUCAUCAAUCUGAACUACAGAGAUUUAAACGGGAACGUGUUCCAAGAUGCUGUCUUCAAUCAAACAGUUACAAUUAUUGAAAGAGAAGAUGGGUUGGAUGGAGAAACGAUCUUUAUGUAUAUGUUUCUUGCUGGACUUGGGCUACUAGUCGUUGUUGGGCUUCAUCAGCUUCUAGAAUCUAGGAAGAGAAAAAGACCAGCUCAGAAAGUAGAAAUGGGUACAUCGAACCAAAAUGAUGUUGAUAUGAGUUGGAUUCCUCAAGAGACUUUGAAUCAAAUCAAUAAAGCUUCUCCAAGGAGGUUGCCCCGGAAACGGGCACAGAAGAGAUCAGUGGGAUCUGAUGAGUAAAUGUUCAUUUGUGCAACAAUUCAAUCUUUACUAAACCUGCCCUAACAUUUUUUGGCCUGAUGGGAAUUAGUGCAGAGAAGCCAUAUCAACAUAUGAGGAAACUACUACUUCUGUUUGGACUGAGUAAUCAGAGCUGUGGCGAUAAUAUUGCUGAAAAUGCACUGCAUAUGUUUUUUCUAAAGUAACAAAUUUGGGUUUUUUAAACCAUUAAAAACUGUGUGUGUGCGUGUGUGUGUGUAAGCAGUUGGUCUUACCAGAAUCAUUGUUGUACUACCUGAAAUGUGCCUUUAGAGUGCUAAAUGUAAUGCUGGCAUGUCUGUAUCCCACUGAAAAUUUGUGGUGGGUUUUUUUUUUUCCUUUCCAGAAAACAUAAUGAAUAAUUGCCUAAUAUUAUUGUAUAAGGAGUUCUCAUUUUUACUAUCAUGCCUUGAACUGUACAGCAGAAAAUAAUUUAGCUACUCUGUUCCUGAGAAUAGCUACCAAUUUAGCAGUGAUGGCACAAAUUCUCUGGGUGUUUUUUUAUAUCUGCAACUAGUAUUCUAAAGGCACAAGCAGGAGUAGCUGCUUUUAGCAAUAUAGUAUUUUGUUUUGGUAUUUUGCUGCUGUUUACUACAAUACGCACAUUGGGAGAACUUCCUUAUACUGAUCAAAGAAUCCAGAUGAAUUUAUAUCAAUCUGAGAUUUAGCAGCAAAAUUGUGAAGCAUGAGACUAUGUGCUGAAUUUGAUAUAUAAAUUUCAACUCUCCAUACCCUUCCUCAUUUUUUAACAAAAAGAAAAUAGCACACUUGUGUGAGCUGAAUUAUUGUGUUGUGCGUCAUUGUUCUGUUGUGUCUGAUCCAAAAGGUGGCUUUGGAAUGAUUUUAGAUUUUUUUCAAUAUUUAUGAAUCAGUGAUUUUCCUUCCUUCCCCUUAAUGGAAACUACCAUGGCCAGAAAUUUCAUUGUUCUACAUCGAAUAGAAGAAAUGAACCUCCAGGCACUAUGUAAAGUGGGGGCUCAAACUAUAGGGCACAUAUCAGAAAUGUGUUCCAGAUUUUAAUUUCUGCAGAAUCAUAAAACAGAGCUGAAAAAGACCUUCUAAAGCAUCUAGGCCAUCCUUCUCAUUUUAUAGAUGAGAAAACUGAGUCUGGGUCAAAGUAAUUAAUCUGUAUGAAUACCAAGGAAUAAGUUGAAUUAUACAUAUAUAUAUAUAUAUUCAUGUUAUAUAUUCUGUAGGUAGACAUAUAAGACAUAGUUAAAUGGUUGAUUUAUUUUUUUCCCCUAAAUUGUUGGUUAAUUCUUCCCUAACCUUGUAAGUAGUUUUUGUAUUUUUGAAGUUUGCAUGUGAUUUUUUUUUUUUAGUAAAUCUGUUUUAGAUAGUAGAAAUCCAAAUAUUUAAAAAUUGAACUUCCUUUAAAAAAAAAAUUGAACUCUACCUAUAUUAUUUGGCCUUCCUCCCCUACCUACCCGUUUUGCUGUAGUCUUCUGUACGUAUCAGGCAUCAUAGAUGUUGUAUGUUUAAGAUUCCUGGUUUGAAGAUAACUGAUAUUUAUUUAGAAGGUUGUUGUCAUUAAGACCUGUAAUUAAAUUGACAGUUUUGUUAGACUUGAGUAAAGGAAGAACUUUUAAAAGGCUUUUUUCCAUGCCAUAAAGCCAUUUUCUCCUACUUGUCUUUGAAAAAUUGAAGGUGAGGUUUUAGCUGCUAAAGUUUACUUUAGCUUCUUGCCUUUACCUUUCUUUUUUCCCCCUACCUCUUUUGAAAUCUGCAUUUAACCUGCCAAGAAUGAACAUCUGAGCCAAUAACAUUUGAAUAAUACCUAUUCAGGUUAAAGCAGGGACUAAGGUUCCUAAAUACCUGUGUUGGUGAUAUUAUACUAUUAACAUCCCAUUCCUAAAAUUCAAAGUGUUUGGGCUGUUAUCUUGGUGUGGAAGACCAAUAGUUUAUUUUAAAACUAUGGUACUUAAUAUAAAAAAAUAGACAUAGCUUGGUUUUUGACAAGCAAUAUCAGUGAGUACUUAGCAGGAACUAACUGUACAGUAAAUGGAAUUAAAUUCCACACAUGGUAUAUUCAAGCACACUUAUAACAAGUAGCCUAUUUUUAAAAUAACUUUUGAAAAUGUAAAUAAUCUGGAUGGGGUUUGUUUUUAGUGUAUCUACUUAAUUUGCAGACCAUGAUUUGAGAGACCCAUGUAUUGAAUGUGGGUUUAUGAUUAGUGGUAGCUUUUGAAAAUCUUGGUUUCACACAUCAAUAAGAAAAGAUAAAGAAGUUGCCCCUUUCCUAUCCCCUAGGGAUAUGAGGAUUAAUGUGUCUGUAAAGCACAAAUUUUCCUCUGUUUGUCAUGUUGUAUUCUUAUACAAUAAGUGAUUUUCUAAUGUAUUUGCCUACAAUCUGUUGUCCAAGGGAGAAAAAGAAAAUAGAUAUUCAGAGAACUGAAACCUGUAGAGGAAUAAGGAGUGGAUAAAAGCCACUGUAGCAGAAAGAGAAUAAGAGACUUAAUUUGAGUGAGAGUUAAAUUCAGGAUUUAGAAAUUUCAAAAAAAUUGGCUUUGGGACAUAAAGGGGAAGCAUAUUUCAAUAUUAAGGGGGAAAUGUUUGGGAACCACGCCUAAAAAUAUUUCAGAUGUUAAAUGGGAAAGUUUGUAAUGCUCUUAAUACAGUGGCUUUAGUGGCACAAAUAGGAUUUAUACUUACCCUUAUUGCCAAAUUUAAAUAGUAGACCUCAAGUGUUCAUAAAUAGGUACGGUAUAACUCCCCCUAGCACCUAACACUGUGCCUUGCACAUAAUAGCUACUUAAUAUUUGUUUAAUUCAAUUAUAGUAGUCAACACCACAUUUGAUAACUGCAUCUUCUUACUCAUACACAUUGGUUGAGAGAACUUAAUUGAUUUCUGUAUUUAAAAUAGUUUGGAAUAAGACAUCCUUCCUUGAAAUCUCCCUGGUAGAUAAACUCUGCAGGUAGUGUAAGUGUACAUAUAAAUACAUAUCAUUUUAUAAAUUAAUGCAUUUCAUAUAACACAUUUUUUAUUCAGCUUAUUCAUUUAGUUCUAAAACAAUAUGUUUUCUAAAAUUGAACAACUUUACAGUUCUACUUGAGAUGUUCCCCAUGUUUGGAUUAGAUGUGAGAUGAGCUCCCAUAGCCAAAUUAACUGCUUGGUACAGCUUUGACCUAGGGGUAUUAAAGCAACAACAAAAACUUUGCCAUCAGCAUGAAUUAAAAGCAUUAGGUUUUACUGACUAGACUGAAUCCCCUACCAGAUUUGUGGAAUCAAAUUUUUAAAAACUUGAGGCUUGAGCUAAGAUAAGAAUGUGAUGAAAGGCAAGAAGUUUUAAAUUUUAAAGCUGAAUCCAACCCAACAUGUUACUUGAUAUAUCUAAAAAUUAUCCUGCAUUAUGAUCCCUGUUAACUUUGUUAGAUAACAUUUGUAUAGUUUUUAAAAAUUAUUUUUUACUGCUUAGAAUAAUCUGUGGCCUGUAAGCCUAAUUAUAUUUGAAGUUAUAUUUUUUAGAAUUGUUUAACAAUGUAGUACUAAUACUGCAAUAAUACUUGCACCACCUACCUCAUUAGGGGUGUUGGAAGGAAAGCACUUUGUAAUCUUAAGGCAGUAUAUAAAUGUGAGUUAACUAUCACCUUUCUUUCUGGGCCUCAGUUUAUUAUCUGUCCUUUGUAGUACAAUAUUUGAAGCCACUCCCUUUAAUAUAUUAUUGUAAUAGAUAAGCAUUCUAGAAUUGCUAAACUUCAGUGGAAGCUGCUUAGGAAUAUUUUGACAUUAACUCCCAGGAAUCUGAACAGCCAGAACAAAAUUUCAACCAAAUUUUUUGGUUUGCAGUACAUACUGAUAACUUAGUGCUGCCCCCUGAGAUACUACUGCAAGAUUCUAAAGAGUGUUCAGAGUGAAAACCAUCACAAAAACUGGUGUUCAGCAUAGUUUUAGUGCUAAGUAUGUGUUUUAAUUUUCUGAAAAUUGGCAGUUCACAUACAACAGAUAGUCACUCAAUGAAGAUAUUUGACUCCCCUGCCAUUAUGGAUAAGCAGUACUUGACCAGGGAGUUAAAACUUGUUCCCAAAGAAGUUCCUUUAUACCCCCAACUCUCCCCCAAAUGGUCUUCAAAUACAUUUGUCCACAAGGUACAGAAUCUUUAAAUGCUAGCUAACCUUAGGACAGUGACGUCAAACUUAAAUAGAAAUGGGGGGUGGCCAAAUCAUACAUAAACAUCCCUGUAGGCUGCAUAUAAACUUAGAAAACCACACAUGUAUAUAUUUCUUUUUUUAUUACCACAACACCACGUUACAACCAGAUAAGAACUACAUUUUAAUCAGGUUCAGGCUGCACUUGAGAUUGUGUGGACUACAUGUUUGACACCUCUGCCUUAGAGAAUAUAUAGGCCAUAUUACAAAUGAGUAAAGUGAGAGAUGACCAGUCCAAUGUCAGAACCCACUUUUCCUAUAUCAUGGACUACAGAGUAUCAGCCCCAUCAAGUUUAUGUUUUUGCUUUUUUUUAUUAUAAGACUUGAAUAUAUCCCCAGCCACUCAAUAUAUUUAUUGAGUGCAUACUUCAUAAAACAAUAAAAUAUAUAAAGGAAAAUAUCUGAAUGGGGUGAAUACUUUUUAAAGGGGCAUCUAUUUACUGUAGUCUUUUUCAGUUCAUUUGUACCAUUUGGCUAUUUUUUUUCCAUUAAAUUCAAGUCAAGGAUAAUAGAAAAUUGAUGCUGAAAUUUCCAUAAAGGUAAAGGAAGGUCUGUGGCAAAUUAUUUGUUCUAGAAUUAUUAAGAGCUAAUCAACUCAUCACAUGCUACCUAUUAUUCUUUAAGAUGUCCCUUUCAGACCAAAUUGAGCCAGGCAUAAUCUUUCAAUACCCUUUCCAGGUAGCUUCUUUUUUAGCUGGAGAAAAAUAUUGUGAUGAUCACUUGGAAAAGUAGCACCAUUUAGGAUCGAAUCCUUUGAACUACUAAUUUACAAAUUUUUCAGUUUUGAAUGAAUGUUAACUCGGGCAUUUUUGCAUGGACAAAAGUCUUUACCAUAAAAUCAAUAGUGUGGUAACAAAUUCACUAACACAAGGAGAAGGUCUUAAAAAGGAUGCUUCCUUGAGAUUUAGGAAGCCUAGGUUCUAAUCCUAGCUCAUACUCAUUAGCUGUGUAAUGUUGGGCAAGUCAUUUAAUCUGGAUCUUCAGUUUCCUUAUCUGUAAAACAAAAAGGUUGGAUUACAUGAUAAACUUUUAAAUGAUGAUAAUAACUACAAACUCUUAAUUUGAUAACAACUUUUAAAGAUAUGUCUUUUAAUAACUAUUGGAAAGAACAACACUUAUUUGGAUAUAUUUAAUUCUGGACUGUUUCCUUUCAAAGCAGUCAUAAUUCAGUGCAACAUUCAUUGAGCAGCUUACAGUGUGUAAAGUACUUUGCUGGUAAUGUUUUACAUUGUGUAGCACUUUUUAAAUGCUUUCCUAUAAAUUACUCAUGCUAUUCUAAUCAAAAGUGGAGGUGCACUUGUAGACACAGGCUCCACAAAGCACUUAUUGUGGCUCACUAGUUUGCUAUUAUCCAGAAUGGAAAACUUCAAGCAGGUGGUCUCCAUACAUAAGAGAACAGGCUUUAUUCCACUUGAAUUGCUCUCAUGUGCACUUUAUUAUUAGAAUUGUAUGUAAUACAAGGCUUUGCAUUUCAUGUCUCGUUCUAUUUAUAAUUAAGUGACCUUGUUAUGACUAAAAGAACCUGGGCCUGCUUUUUAUCUUGUUCUGCAACCCUGUGGUGCUCUUAUUGCCUCCAUUAAGUAGAGAAGAACAGGCUGUCAUACCUUUAGCGUUCUACCAAAUGAAGCCAACUACAAAUGAAAUGGGGGCACAGACAUAGCUUGAGGAUAUUAAAUGGCAGUAUGAGUUGGAGUAUUUUCUUGAAGUUUUACUUUACUAAAGACCACUUAAAUGAUUCAGCUUUCCAGCAGAUACCCUGUUUAUACCCAAACCCUGUGUUCACAAUUCUUUGUUUAGGACAAGACCAAGGUCUUGUGGUCUACUUGCCAUUAAAAUAAAGUAAAUCUAAUUUCAAAAGAUAUAGCAAAGUUAUUCCAUAACCCAAAGAAAUAGCACUUCUUAAAUCUGGCUCAAUGAACAAUCCUGUAGAAAUGGUUUUUUUCUUUGCUUAUGAGUCAUAGUCUAUGAUUGUUUCCAUCAUCCUCUUUAUCUGCUUUAUUUCACUGUUAAACUUCUUGAAUAUUUAUUUAUACCUGCUGCUUCACCAUCUCUCUACUUCUUGUAAGCUUGUAACCUUGUAAGCUAUCAUUCACUCACCUGUCUACUGAAACUGCUCUAAGAUGUCUGCCCCUUCCCAAAUACAAUUAUCUCUUAAGUCCUCAUCCCCUUUUACAUCUUUGAUGCAUUUUACCACUGUCCUCCCCUUGAAACUCCUCUUGGACACCAUUAGUUCCAUUUUUAUCACUCAUUUCUUUUGCUGACUAUUCCCUUGUUCCCUAAGUAAGUAUCCAUUCCAUGGUGCUGUGUAUUAUCCCUACACAUUCUUAGGAAGUUUAUCUAUUCUUGUUCAGUGGUAUCGAACUCUUUGUGACUUUGCGGGACCAUACUAUCCAUGGGGUUUUCUGUACAGAGAUGCUGGAGUGGUUGGCCAUUUCCUUCAGCUCAUUUUACAGAUGAGGAAACUGAGGCAGACCAGGUUAAGUGACUUACCUGGGGUCACACAGCUAGUGUCAAAGGCCAGAUUUGAACUCGGGUCUUCCUGACUCCAGGCCCAGGACUCUACUGCAGCUAGACAAUGUAAACCAUUGCUAGUUAUUUUCUUAAACACCACUUUGAAUAUGCUAUUCCUCUCUUCUAUUGCUUGUCUUUUCCAAACUCUUGAUUUUUCAAGACCCUUAGUAUAUUUUCUAUUCCUACCCAACCUUAUUUCUCCAAGACUUGUCCUCUAAAAUUCACAAGGCACACUUUCUCCCAUUUAUGUUUGUACAUUUUUGAAGUUCUUUACAGAAUAAGUAUAAAGUGCCUUACUUAGAGUAGCCCUGUAAGAUAAGUAGUAAAAACAUCAGUCCCAUUUUACAGAGACAAUGUGCCCUUCCCUUCAUCUAUUCAAAUUAUAUCUCUAUCCAUCCUUUAAUAAAUCCUAAUACUACCUCUCUGAAACUUUCCCUGAUUAUUCUAGCCUACAGUGACCUAUAUUCUUGAACUCCUAUGCUGCUUUUAUUCUGUGCCUCAGAAUUUAGCACUUGAUUAUAUACUGUCAUAAGUCAUCAGAUAUAUAAUGCUUUAAGGCUCACUAAACACUCUUCACAAUUACCUUAAGUAGAUAUUGCAAGUAUUAUUAACAUCAUUUUACAGAUGAGGAAACUGAGGCUCAGGUCAAGGGACUUUCAAGAAGUCACAUGGCUGGUAAUUAUGAGAACCUGCAUUUAACACCAGGUCUUUUCUGACUCCCAAGCCCAAGAUCCUUCCCAUUCAUUAUACCAUGGUACCCUUUUAUGUCUUGUCCAUAACUAUAUUCUGGUGCCAAUGAGUGGAAGAGGCAGAUUUUAUCUCACUAUAGAAAAGAACUUCCUCAGAAAUGGAAGGGGCUACCUCAUUAGCUUAGAGAUGUUUUAAGCAGAGGCUGAAUAACCAUUUUCUCAGGGAUGUUAUAAAGGGGAUUUGAACUAAAUAGUCUACAUGGUCCUUUCCAACUAAAGGUUUCUGAAAUCCUGGAGGCCAGGGGCUGUGUCUGAUGCUACCACCACCACCCCAACCCCGAACUGUUGUUCAAUAAAUACACAUUGAGAGCAGGAUAUCAGAAGCCCUUCAACUCCUUUCAUACCCCACUCCUUGCCUCAAACAUCUAGCUAAACAAAGCCCCCUGAAUUCUAAAAAGUACUCAUCAAACAAUACGUAAAAUUACCCAGGAAACUAGGCAAAGGUAACGACACCACCUCAGUUCUGCUCUUCAACAACAGACUGAUUGACUACUAGCCAUGGGUAUUGUUGGGCUUCAUGGUGACAUGAGUUGUGCAAGAUGGCCUCUGAGGUUCCUUCUAACUGAUUCAGGGGAUUGGAAACAUUUCAUUUCACUUUUCUCAUUUACUCAGGCCAGAUAGCUGCUUUUGUGUUUUUGUCUUUAAUUUGGAUCCUUUGAGCUAGGACUGUUAAUUUCAAGAAAUGUAUGCUAAGAUUCCAUUACAACAAAAUAAUUUGUCCCUCUUUUAAAAUGUAUUUUUAAAUGAAGUCUUGCUAAACUUUAGCAUUUUGUGAAUAUGGAGCCUUUUGUUGGUUUCAUUGGAAAAAAUUAGGUUAAUGAGUUAAUAAAAUUCUUGUGUUCAGGGGAAAAAAAAGCACCAGGGGCCAAGAUCUAUGAAGUAGUAGAAAUAGCUUUCUUUUUCUUGGUAAAGCAUUGAUUUCCCCUGUUGCUUUUUAUUCAAAUUAUGUAUUACUAUCAGCCAACUGCCAUCCUCUCUCUCACUUGUACUUCUAAAAACAAAUGCAGGUAGAAUUUACCAGAGCUAUGCCUGAGAAUGUUCACAUGAAGUAUGAAAUUUGCCCUUAAAUGGCAAUGCCAAACUAAUGAUGGGUCUUUAUUGCUGAGGAGGAGAGUAAGACAAACCAUGAUUCAAAUGCAUUCAUGCAACAAAUUCAGUCUUUAUUUAAUUUUCCCCUUCAAGUUAUGAGGAAACUCUUAAUUUUCUGGAAGCAAAUGUAAAAUCUGGACAUUUUAAAUUAUAAGGUAGUGUUAAAAGGAAAAAUAAAAAUAAAAGUACUUUUUAAAACAAA